AAAGAACAUACAAAGAAUUUAUAACAAACCCAUUGACAUUUACUCCUACGACUAACAAAAUUAUUAAUCAUUUUGAACUACCAUCCGUAACAGAUGAAUUGUCAAUAACAUUAAAUUUAACCGUUACAAGUCAUGGUGGAGAUUGGGCGUGUGUUUUUCGUAAAGGUAAUACUGAUUCCGGAGAUUCCAAACAACGGACACCUUCACUCUGGUUGACAGCAAACAAUUCAUUUCUGCAUCCACGUUUUUCGAUAACAGAUAAUGGUAAUUUUGGAAGUAACAGCGACUUUGGAACUGGCCUUCUGACCAACCGAUGGUACCAUAUAGCAUAUACACUAUCAGAUACACAAAAACGAAUGGAUAUCUAUAUAGAUGGCAUUUGGACCGGAUUUUCAAGUAUCCAACGGGUUCGGGUUGAAUCUGUCAUAUUCAAUGAUUUACCAUUAUAUAUCGGAAAAGAUCUCAAUUUUCAAGGAUUUACUGGACAAAUGAGCAAGUUUCGUUUUUAUAACUUUCGUCUAUCUCCCCAAGAAGUAUUAAUAGAUUAUUCAGGUGAAGAUCCAACGAAAAUAACAGUUGUUAAAUGUUCAAGUGGUAUCUUAGCCGGUUCAAUUGUGGGAACUUUUUUCAGUGGUAUAAUAUUUUCAGCAGGAUGUUUAUUUCUGCUAAAACGAAAACGGCAAUCACAUUAUGAAGAUGAAGUUGGUGGUAAUAAAGUAGUCGAAACAUCUCCUAACAAUUAG